AUGUCAUCCGGAGAUAUCGAUACUCCGAUCCAUACCUAUCAUUGCCUUUGCACAAACCUCUUGUUCGCAAGCACAACCGCAGCAUCGGCUUUGCCUACACGUUCGAAUUCCCUCGACAGCGCACUCAUCUUACCGCUACCCGCUUCUCCACCCAAAAGUGAGGAGACCACCCAUUAUGCUAUACUUCUCUCGACCACUGUCACCGCAAAACUGCAAGUGAUAACGAAGAGUGACGGGUUCGAAAAGCGUUGGAUACAGCGAUGUGGAAGGUGCAAAGUAGUCAUUGCAUAUCAGCUUGACUGGACGCAUUGGGGCACAGAAGCAGGAGAGAGACAUGGUCGAAGGCAUGAUGUCAUGUUUUUAUUACCGGGUGGUUUCAUGGAUACGAAAGAUAUGAUUGUCGGCAAGGACAUGACGCAGGAGGUGCGAUUGGGAGUGGAAACCUGA